UGAAAAAGUAUGAGUGAAUAUAUCAUUCUGGUAGGCGAAAACACAACCGGAUAUUAAGACCUCACACCGUAGAACUAAGACAAUCCGAAAUACAAUUGCCAAGCAAUAUUCAACCGUAUCCAGUUACAACAAGUGGCAAUAAUUAAAUUAUGUUAUUAAAGGCUCGCCUUUCUCGCGGCAAUGUCAAUUAUUUCUACAAACAUGGACGAAAGUGGGUUACUUCGAACAAAGCUUUGGUGUUUAUGAAUUUGACAUAAAUAGACUAAAUAGGAAACUAGUUCAAGUGUCUUGUUUAUGCGAUCAUUACCUAUUCAAAUUGGUAUUUAUUUUAUCUGUAAAAUAACUGUCAAAAUUAUCCAUCAUACAUUCAAUAGUUCAUUCUUCAACUUUCUUCCGUCAAUGCUUUAUUUUGGUCGCUAGCAGCCUUUUUUAAGGGUAAAUAAUUUUACACGUCGUUGUAAAUAAAAGCGUGAUUGGCAAAACCUUCCUAGCCACUCAGAUACCUAUUCUCCGUAGUUAAUGUGCAGUGGGAGUGAAGGCGCCACUUUCAACCGUUCUCGAAGGCGUUACGCACGUUUCAGAGCUCGUUAUUACGUGCACUUCCUCGUAAUGUUACCCUCAACGGUUUCAAAGUUGAAGUCAAGAAAAUAAGAACGAACCAUUUUAUUUUAAUCUGAAGAGAGAUAAUGUUGGCUGUUGAUAUGCGAGGAUUAUGUAUUGCCUACUAUGAUAAGGUGAAUGCAGCUAUAUGUGAAAAUAAUUUAUCAAAUUAUUAAAUUGCGUAAUCAAGUUAUUUCAGAUAAUACUCUCGUUUUUACUUUAAAUUAAGCGCGGAACCGGAUUUCCUUGUUAGUGACACAUGAUUUAUUUUUUUACGAGUAGAAUAAUCUUGAUAGCCGUAGAUAUUUCAAUUUCAUUUCAUUAAAAAGUGCAACUAACAUUACACGAAUCUAACUCGCGUCAUUGAAUCAUAGAUGCACGACAAGUAUGGAAUGAACGCGUGCCCUCGUAUUUCGCGCACCAUUCGGUCAGCGCGACAUUCCGUUCGUUCGCCACUCCGCAGUCGUGGGUGAUAACCGCUCGUUGACGGACGUACGUAUCGCGUUCCAACGCAGUUCCCGCGUAAUAUCGAACGAAAAUUUUCAGUGAUUAAAAAACAAGUUACGAAUCGUGUUUGUGUUUAAUUAUAUUGUGGAUUUCUUGUGUGUAUCGAUUAAAAUUCGUAUGUGUGUGUAAAACGAGUUGUAUCAUUUUUUUGUGCAUUCGAAAACUUGGAUUUUUAUUUUACGAAGUUUUUGUGAUGGCGUAGCGUAAUGGAGGGCGAGUGCUCUGAGGGCGCGGAGGGCUGGCUCCUGGUGCGCGUGCACGUGCCAGAGCUGAACGUGCAAAAGAGCCUCCAGUUCCCCAGGGACCAGCUCAUUUGGGACGUCAAGCAGCAGUGCCUCGCCGCCUUGCCGAAGGUGGCCACUUGGUACAGGGAGUUGAAGGAAAGCUUCAACUAUGGUCUGUUCUGCCCGCCUGUCAACGGCAAGGCCGGCAAGUUUCUCGACGAGGAGCGACGCCUCGGAGACUACCCAUUCAAUGGCCCUGUUGGAUAUCUAGAGUUAAAAUACAAACGUCGGGUAUACAAAAUGCUGAAGUUAGAUGAGAAGACAUUGAAAGCGCUGCAUUCGCGCGCGAACCUGCGACGCUUCCUGGAGCACGUGACGCAUGCGCAGAUCGACAAAAUUACCAAAGCCUGCUCCAAAGGACUCGACCCUAACUUCCACUGUCAGGAGACUGGAGAGACACCAUUAACGAUCGCAGCCGGCCUAAAAUCACCGGGCAAGGUCCUAAUCGCUCUUGUGAACGGCGGUGCCCUGCUCGACUACCGGACAAAAGAUGGCAGCACGGCAAUGCACAGAGCUAUCGAGAAGAACUCUCUAGAAGCUGUGAAAACAUUGCUGGAGCUCGGAGCUUCGCCGAACUAUAAAGAUGGGAAAGGUCUGACGCCACUCUACCUGUCUGUGACGAAUAAGACCGAUCCGCUGCUGUGUGAGACGCUGCUGCACGACCACGCGACUAUUGGGGCUACUGAUCUGCAAGGAUGGCAGGAAGUGCAUCAGGCCUGCCGCAACGGCCUAGUCCAGCACCUGGACCACCUGCUGUUCUACGGCGCGGACAUGAACAGCCGCAACGCGUCCGGCAAUACGCCCCUCCACGUGUGCGCCGUCAACGCUCAGGACUCCUGCACACGACAGCUACUCUUCAGGGGCUGUGAUAAAGAAGCACUCAAUUUCGCCAACCAGACACCUUAUCAGGUGGCAGUGAUAGCUGGUAACUUAGACCUCGCAGAGGUGAUAAAGAACUACAAGGCCGAGGAAGUUGUGGGGUUCCGCGGGCCGCCGCGCUACAACCCGCGGCGGCGCUCGGCGGCGUGGGGCGGCUGGUGGGCGGCGGGCGACCGCUCGUCGCUGGCGUCGUCCACGCGCAUCCCGGCCGAGCUGGACGCGCUGCUGCGCCGCCCGCCGCCCGAGCCGCUCGAGCGCCCCUUCUCCUCCGCCUCCUCCAGCAUCAGCGACACCAGCCACACUAGCCACGCCAGCCACCCCAGCCACGAGGACAACGCCAGCAUCCUCACAGAUAAGAGCGCGGGCGACACGAGCGACAUCAUCUCGGACUCGAGCGGCGUGGGCACCAGCAACUCCGACACCACGUGCUCGCUGCACGGCGGCGCCACCGUCGUGUGUCUGCAGCCCUACGACCCGGCCGCGCCAGGCCAUCUGCGGCUCAACCAGGGGGACAUCAUCGAAGUUACUGCGGCCACAGACGACGGUCUACUGGAAGGCACGGUGCGAGGCUCCGGCGCCACGGGCCUGUUCCCCAUGCAGUGCGUGCAAGAAGUGCGACUGCGACAGAAUACGCAGCAUCUACAUCAGGUAUUAGCAUCAGGACCAAUUCAUCACUCCCGAGUAACAGGCAGAAGAGAGAUGGCUUUAAGCAAGACAUACAGUGCCACAGCUCCUAGAAUUAAAAAAUCCUACGGCACGAUGGAGACCCGCACGGUGGUCCUGCACCGCGCGCGGCGCGGGUUCGGGUUCGUGCUGCGCGGCGCCAAGGCGUCGUCCCCGCUCAUGGAGCUGCGGCCCUCCGAGCGCUGCCCCGCGCUGCAGUACCUGGACGACGUGGACGCGGGCGGCGUGGCCGACCGCGCCGGCCUGCGCAAGGGGGACUUCCUUGUGGCGAUUAACGGCGAGGACGUAUCGUGCGCAUCGCACGAGCACGUGGUGGAGCUGAUCCGAAGCUCCGGCGCACUCGUCUCCAUGACUGUUGUCUCGUUGAAUAAUCAUAAUGGUAACAACGAGACCAACACGUGUACGGUACCCACAAGCAAGUCCCAGAACCAGCUGUCCAGCUCGGGCCGGCCUUACGCCGCUACUCUGCCGAGGAAAGCUGCCGGAGCUGGCGGGCGCGCCCCGGCGCCGGCGGUCCCGCGCCGCGACCCGCGCACCACGCUGAGUGUCGGCCGCGCCCGCGCCAAGUCCAUGGUGGCCGGCCUCGAAAACGGCGGUGAAAAGGAGGAGAGUUGUGAACCGCUCAGCGUAGCGGGCAAGUCCUCGUCGGCCGAGUCCGUGCAACUACCUGGAAGUAGUAAUAGCAACACGCCCGUGUCGGGCACGCCGGUGGCCCCGCGCACGGCGUCCAUCCGCGCGCGGCCCGCGUCCUCACGCAUCACGGCCGCGGAGCUCGAGGAGCUGUUCCAGAGGCAGGCCGACGCAGACACCAUCUUGGGCAACAACGCCAUGAUGACUCGCUCGGCCUUCCAAGGCGGGUCCAACUCGCCGCCGUACUCGCCCGCACGCGCGCCCACACGGGUCUACGCUUCAGUGGCCGAGAUGAAACGGUCGCGUGGAAAGUUAUGGAGCAAGUCCGCGUGUAGCACACUCCGUCGUGACUUCCACUCGACCCCCGACUUGGCUACGGAACACGCCGCUCACCCGCCCCGCACGCGCUCUAGUGAAGAUGUGCACGGUGCAGGCGUGUCCCGCUCGGCCCCCCCGGCAGGCCCGCCGCCGCCGCCCCCUCGCGGGCCGGCCCCGGCCUCCACGUUCCGGCCCGCCGACCUGGCCAAGCUCUACGCCUCGCCGAGGGACCUCGAGGCCGUGGCCUACCGCGCCAACAACAACAAUGCACAACACGCACGCAAGACAGCCUCGCUUCGAUCCUGGGCAGGGCCUAAUCGGCCACAGUCGGCCGACGAACCGGGCAACCAAUACGCACAGCCCUUCAACACUCACAAGGGAUUCAUUAGACAGAAUUCAACUCCUGCGCCGCCAAUACCCGAACCAGACUACAGUAUGUCAGAGUCAGAUGAAGAAGGUGAUGCCAAACCUAAGGAGCCGGCCGCUGUUGUGGAAACCAGCGCGAAUAGUAACGCAAGCGGCAGCAGCUCGGGCUCGAGCUCCAUGCAGCACUCGUUCUCCGUAGACGAGAUCCAGAAGAUCCGGACGCGGCUGAAGUCGUCCAAGUCGUGCGGCGACGAGCUGGGCGCGGAGCGGGACGACGGCGACAACUCGUCGUCGGGCGUGUCGUCCGACCAGGAGGCGGGCGGCCGGCCCGCGCCGCGCCGCGACAAGGUGUCGUUCUGCGCGUCCGUGACCGUGAAGUCGUCCAACGACGUGAUCAGCACGGAGCCCGUGCACUCGUCCAGCGAGUCGCUGGCGCCGCCCGCCAUGGCGCGGCACAACUCGCUGACGCGCGCGCGCCUGCGGGCGGGCGGCGCGCGCGGGCGCGGGCGCUCGGCGGCCGAGCGGCUGGGCGUGGACCCCGCCAAGGCGCCGGGCCGCGCGCGCCUGCUGCUGCUGCCGCCGCCGCCCGAGGAGGGCGCGGGCGCGGGCCCGGACGCGCCGCCGCUGCUGGCGCCGCCGCCGCAGUUCAGCGACCGCGUGCGCGUCGUGGCGGCGCUGCCCAAGCGUCUCGCGCACCUGCAGUAG